AUGCACAUCCAAUUCCCAUCAAAGCCCACUCUUCCCAGGGCUUGCUGGGAGGGAAGGAUAACUGCAGGCUCCCCUGGGAUGCCCCCUCAUGAGAGAAGUUCACAAAGUUUGAGACAGAGCAGCGAUAAAACGCUCUACUGUGAGGCCGAACCCCCGCCAACUGUAGAAAAAGUGAAACCAGCCCAGGAGAAUUCGGAAACAGACCUGGAGAUUGAAGAUAAUGAGAAAUUUUUCACCACUGGACAAAAGGAGCUGUACCUGGAGGCCUGCAAACUGGUGGGUGUAGUGCCUGUCUCCUACUUCAUUCGGAACAUGGAGGAGUCCUACGUGAACCUCAACCACCACGGCCUGGGCCCCAGGGGUACCAAGGCUAUUGCUAUAGCCCUGGUGUCCAACACGGCUGUUACCAAACUGGAGCUGGAAGACAAUUGCAUCAUGGAGGAGGGCGUCUUGAGCCUGGUGGAGAUGCUACAAGAGAACUACUACCUCCAGGAGAUGAAUAUUUCCAACAAUCACCUUGGUUUGGAGGGGGCCAGAAUCAUCUCAGAUUUCUUCGAGAGAAAUAGUUCUUCCAUCUGGAACCUUGAGCUUUCAGGAAAUGACUUCAAGGAAGAAUCCGCAGCACCGCUCUGCCAAGCCCUGUCGACCAAUUACCGAAUUAAGAAGCUGGAUCUCAGUCACAACCAAUUCUCUGAUAUAGGAGGGGAGCAACUGGGCCAAAUGCUGGCCAUCAAUGUGGGGCUCACGUCACUGGAUCUGAGCUGGAAUAACUUCCACACAAGGGGAGCUGUGGCCUUGUGCAACGGUCUCCGGGGUAAUGUAACCCUGACAAAGCUGGAUCUCUCCAUGAAUGGCCUUGGGAAUGAGGGGGCUGUGGCCCUAGGGGAGGUCCUCCGACUCAACAGCUGCCUGGUCUACCUGGAUGUCGGCAGCAAUGACAUUGGCAAUGAAGGGGCCUCCAAAAUCAGCAAAGGACUGGAAUCCAAUGAAAGCCUCAGAGUUCUGAAGCUUUUCCUGAAUCCCAUAAGUAUGGAUGGGGCUAUUUUACUUAUCCUGGCUAUCAAGAGGAACCCCAAAUCCAGGAUGGAAGAGCUUGAUAUUUCUAACGUGCUGGUGUCCGAGCAGUUCAUGAAAACGUUGGACGGAGUGUAUGCCGUUCACCCGCAGCUGGAUGUGAUGUUCAAGGCAGUACAAGGCCUCUCUGCCAAGAAUACCAUCUUUUUGUUGACAAACCCCAUGAAACUGAUCCAGAACUAUGCAGACCAGCACAAAAUCACGGUCAUGGACUUCUUCAAGAGCUUGAACCCUACCGGGACAAUGAAGAUGUCCGUGGAUGAGUUCCAGAAGGUGAUGAUAGAGCAAACCAAGGUCCCUCUGAACCAGUACCAGGUCAGGGAGGUGAUAAAGAAGCUCGAUGAGAAGACAGGCAUGGUGAACUUCAGUUUGUUGAACACAAUGAAGCCAUAG